AUAAUGACCUGUGCGCGGUGUCGAAGUCGUGGACCUAGAACCCCGUCCGAUCGCCGCUGGCGCCAAGAUCCGCGGCCGCCGCGAAGGGCCGCAGCACGGGCGCCGCGCGGAGGCCGCCGGAGCUCCUGGCCCUGGCGUCGUCCUCGGCCGCGCCUGACGAGGACGACGACGACGCCGCCGCCUGGCCCUGCGGCGGCUUGUAGUACAUCCGCGCCGUCUGCGGGCAGUGCGAGUGGAACCUUCGCCACCGCGGCGCGCAACUCUGGUUCGGCACCUUCGCCACCGCGCUCGACGCUGCGCGCGCCUACGACGCCGCCGCCAGGGCGCUCUAUGGGGACUGCGCCAGGCUCAACCUCAUGCUCGCGCUCCCCCAGGCGGCGGCGGCGGCGGCGAACAAUAACAUGGUGGUCAUGAAGGCGUCCCCGGCGGCGUCACCGUCCUCCCCUAGACGCCACCACCAGUACUACAACUACAAGCAGCAGCAGGAGCCCGUGAUGAUGGCCAAGGCGAUGACGCACUCCGCGCCCUGCAGCUCCGCCGACGACGCCUCGCCCAACUCCAACUGCUCCAACUACUCCAAUUCCAGUUCCUCGGCGGCGACGACCCCGACCGCGGCGAUGCAGCAGAUGAUAGCGGACAAGCUGGCGGGGGCCGUGGACCACAGCCACCAGCAGCAGCAGGCCGAGGCGGAGGACUUCGAGGACUAUGUCACGCGGCUGCCCAAGGCGGAGGACUUCGGCCUAGGGGGCUUCCAGGAGGUGCCGCCACCCGAGGUGUUCGACGAGGCCCCCAGCGACGGCCUCUGGGACCACACCGUCGCCUGGCCGCCGUCGCCGGCCAUGAUGCUCGACUCCGCACGGCCAUGUCCAGCAUCUCCACGUACCGAGACAUCCCAGAUAGGAUGGCCGAGGCCGAUCCCUUCUCUGCCGUGCCGCGCGCCGCCGGCCGGUCGUCGGGGAGAGUAG